GUCCGGAGCAAUUCCCAAGGCAACCCAAGCUCGACCCCCUUCCCAGGUCCCGCCCCCUCGCUGGCGGCUGCCGCGGGUAGGAACUAGUCGGUGUGUAAAACUCGACGUGUCCGGAAAGGUGCGCGCUGCUUUCCCUUUCGCUCCGCGCCCGCCGGCACCAUGCUGGACCCGUCCUCCAGCGAAGAGGAGUCCGACGAGGUGCUGGAAGAGGAGAAGGGGGAGGUGCUGCUGGUGGCGCCCGGAGGCUGCAGUGGCAGCUUGCCGCGAGUCCUGCCGGCUCCUAACCGGGACCCCCGCGCCAGGGAGCCGGGGCGCCAGGGCAGCGGCCCGGCCAGACCGGCGAGCCCCAGCCCCUCGGUGCUGAGCGAGGGCCGGGAGGAGCGGGAGAGGCUGCAGAAAGAGGAGAGGGAGAAGCGGCUCCGGCUGCAGCUGUAUGUGUUCAUAGUGAGGUGCAUCGCGUACCCGUUCAACGCCAAGCAGCCCACCGACAUGGCCCGCAGGCAGCAGAAGGGUGCCAGCCUGAAUGUGACUGGUAUAGAUGAUGGCAGAUUGUCACAAAAAUCCAGUAGCCACUAA